GGUGCCUCUCUUUCGAGAACAAGACCGUUUGCUCAAAACUGUGAACAGGAUACUUUAUUAUGUCAAAAUAAACCAUCUGGCCGUACAACUGUUUCUAAUUACUUCCCUGCCUAGACUGUAAACUUUGGGGUUUGGCACUGGCCUUUCCUUCCAGAAUGCUGCCCAAAUCCAGCUUCCAGGCAGCUAAUCAAAGGCACUUGGUGGAGCACAGGAGGAAGGAGCCAGUUCUGGCCAGCUCGGAACUCUGCAAACCUUCUGGGUCUGUCUUGUGUUUCGGACUCAGCAGGAGAACUCUUCAUUUACUGCUUCCCUGGGAUCUAAGCAUGCAUACUCAGGGGCUUUUCAGCUUGGUGUCUUCACUCUUCGUCCUGCUGCCUGUUAUUUCGCAAAGUUUCUCCUUGUCCCUGCGGAAUGGUUGGGGAAGGACCUCGCCUUGCCGACUGUCCCAGACUGAGUCAGAGCGCAGGUGUCGAAUCCCUGGUGGAAAACUCUGCAGUGGCAGAGGCCAGUGUGACUGUGGGGUCUGCAUCUGCCAAGUGACCGAGCCAGGCAAAUACUAUGGGCCCCUCUGCGAAUGUCAUGAGUGGGUGUGUGAAACCUACGAUGGAGAAACUUGUGCAGGCCAUGGAAAGUGUGACUGUGGAAAGUGCAAAUGUGAGGAUGGUUGGUAUGGUGAUGCCUGCCAGUACCCAACAACCUGCAACCUUACACGGAAGAAAAGUAAUGAAAUGUGCAAGAAUUCGCAAGAUAACAUCUGCUCAAAUGCAGGAACUUGUCAUUGUGGCCGAUGUAAAUGUGACAAUUUAGAAGGGAAUGGAUUGAUCCAUGGUAAAUAUUGUGAGUGUGAUGACCGAGAAUGCAUAGAUGAAGAAACAGGAGAGAUGUGUACAGGCCAUGGAAAGUGUUACUGUGGAAACUGUUACUGCGAGGCUGGUUGGCAUGGCGAUAAAUGUGAACUUCAGUGUGACAUUACCCCAUGGGAGAUCAAGAGGAGGUGCACAUCUCCAGAUGGCAAAAUCUGCAGCAACAGAGGCACCUGCGUAUGUGGUGAAUGUACAUGUCAUGAUGUUGACCCAACUGGAGACUGGGGAGAUAUUCAUGGAGACACCUGCGAGUGUGAUGAACGAAAUUGCAAGGGAGUCUAUGACAGAUAUUCAGAUGAUUUCUGUUCAGGUCAUGGACAGUGUAACUGUGGAAGAUGUGAUUGUAAACAAGGAUGGACAGGGAAGAAAUGUGAGCAUCCACUUUCUUGUCUCAUGUCGGCAGAAGAUAGCGCUAGAAAAUGUCAAGGGAGCUCACAUUUGCCUUGCUCUGGAAGAGGGAAAUGUGAAUGUGGCCAGUGCACUUGUUUCCCUCCAGGAGAGUCCAAAAUAUAUGGCAAAAUCUGCGAGUGUGACGAUCGGCAAUGUGAAGACAUAGAUGGCGUCGUCUGCAGUGGUCACGGCAUGUGUUCCUGCGGCCGAUGCAUUUGCAAGGAUGGAUGGUUUGGGAAGUUGUGUCAGCACCCAAGGAAGUGCAACAUGACGGAAAGCGAGAGCAGAAGUUUCUGCGAAUCGGCGGACGGCAUAUUGUGCUCAGGGAAGGGUUCUUGUCACUGUGGAAAGUGCAUCUGUUCGCCCCAGGAAUGGUAUACCACAGGGGAAUUCUGCGAAUGCGACGACAGAGACUGUGACAAACACGAUGGCCUUGUUUGCACAGGAAAUGGUAUAUGUAGCUGUGGAAACUGUGAGUGCUGGGAAGGUUGGACUGGAAAUGCUUGCGAAAUCUGGCUUGGGACAGAAUACCCCUAAUGCUGCCACGGAACACUGAAGACUGGAGGAUUUUGGGGUCUGGUGCUUGUUUAUUUUAACUUAGGCUGCUAGAAUACUUAAAUGCAAGACAAACUUUAAGACAAGCAAAUCCACCACUAGAUAUAAGUGAGCACAGCAGCAUAUUUCCAGGUGUGUGUGCAUGGGGGCGGGGGGAAUCCAAUAAACAACACCAGGUUUUGAUCCUGCUCUCAGUGCAGUCAGUGGGAACAGGGUAGGCCCCCUCCAAUAUCACAAAAGAACACAGUAUAGCCUGUUAAGAGUGCCACAAAUAAUCUUUGCUGGAAAUUGCACAGACAAGACGCAUUAUAUAAUGUAGUUGGGCUACUGAAUUUCAGCUUCAUUGUGUAGUAAGAACUAUCUGUAUGAAAAAGCUGGUUCAGAAAUAUGUAUAAAUUCUAAAUUAGAGGGAGAGAUCCCUUUGAUUCUGGCCUUUUCUCUCUCUUGCACACACAGACACAUACUCACUCAGCUACACACACCCUCUCUGCUUUGUGUUGCCCUACUCACCACCCCUUUCCAUAGGUCUCUUGUAAGUGUAGGGAAGAGAUGGAAUGGAAAGGAGGCACGUGAGGAAAUUUCUCCCUCCAUGAAGGUUUUGCCUUUUUCUUAAAGGGUGACCUGAAACUACUUACCUUGUUUGAUUUUUAAAAGUGCCAGAAAAUGACUUCCUACAUCAGUGAUUUUAGGUCCAUGUUGAAAGCACAUUUGCAUUGUUUCAGUUCUGUUACUCAGUGCUGU